CGUAGUGUGACGUCAACAUUUUUAAUUUUAUGAUUUGACUCCCGUAGAUUGGCCAAUAUGAUUGAUUAACUAAUACUGAAUGUGAUGUUAUAUAAGUAAAAGUGAAAACAAAGUAAAAUGUACAAGUCACAAUUACUUAUGAGAAGCACUUCCAUAAUAUGUUAUCAGCAGUUAAAAGUUUAAAUAAAAUUCAGACAAUCCGUAUGAUUGAUCCAUAAAAGUGAUUCGUCCUUGAACCAAAGGAAAAAAGCAAUUUUCAUCUAUAAAUUUCCGGGAACUGCGCGAAAGUCUCGUUGCGCAUGUAUAGCGUAUAUAGUACAUACAUAUGUGUACGUGUGUAUUUCUCUCUUUCUCGCUCUUAUGUUGGAUUUCGAUGGUGGACAUGCGCAUAUUCAUGUCAAUAGCGUGAGGCAAAAAUAUUUUGGCUUUCGGGGGCCCAAACAUCUUUGUUUUAAGCAUGCAUAAAUUAAAAUUUUCCCAGCGGGAUAAAGUAAGAAAGUUCAUAAUGUUUACUCAAACUGGAGAACAGACUGCCAUUUAUUGCUUGGCACAAAAUGAUUGGAAGUUGGAUUUGGCAAGUGACAACUACUUUCAGAAUCCAGAAGCUUAUUAUAAGGAGCCUAAAAGUUCUGUUGACAAAAAAAAGCUUGAGAUUCUCUAUAGCAGAUAUCAAGAUUCAUCAGAUUCAAACAAAAUCUUAGCAAGUGGCAUAAUGAAAUUUUUGGAUGAUUUGGGCCUCACGCCUGAAAGUAAAUUAGUAUUAAUCAUAGCUUGGAAAUUUAGGGCAGAAGCGCAAUGUGUGUUUACUAGAGAUGAAUUUAUGAAUGGUAUGACAGAGUUAGGGGCUGAUAGCGUAGAUAAACUUAAGGGGAGGCUAGGUAGCUUAGAAUUUGAAUUACGGGAUCCUUUAAAGUUUAAAGAUUUUUACCAAUUCACAUUCAAUUAUGCCAAAAAUCCUGGACAGAAAGGAGUUGAGCUUGAAAUGGCUAUUGCAUAUUGGAAUAUUGUAUUGAAAGACAGAUUUCAAUUUUUACCACUGUGGUGCCAGUUCUUGCAGGAACACCAUAAGAGAUCGAUCCCUAAAGACACGUGGAACCUGCUACUGGACUUUGCAUUGAUGAUCAAUUCAACAAUGUCAAACUACGAUGAGGAGGGAGCGUGGCCAGUGCUGAUUGACGACUUCGUUGAAUGGGCUCAGCCAUUGAUCGGCCAACCUUCUUAACGCCACUCGCUAUUGAUUCACCGGCCAGCUACGAAAUAUUUUUCAUACCAUAGUGUCUAAAAAGAAAACAAUAUCAAGAGGAGGAAAAAAUUGCCUGUUUCUCACGAUCAACAUUCUUUUUUCUCUUUGGCAAUUUCUGCACUUACUACGAUGUUAUGUGUGCAUGUGCGAAAAUUUAAAGAUUACGAGGUAGCAUAAUUUUUUCUUUUUUUUUCGCGAUGUGUACCACUAUUUUAUGCAAUUAAUCAUCAAAUUACAACAGCCAGGAUACAGAGCAAAUUCGGUUGAUGUGUUCAUUGUUAGAAAAAAGUUAUGAAAAGAUUAUAAAUUUAUAUUUUUUUAAAGAAAUGUUCUGUAGUACAGAUUGAAAGACGGCUUUUGAAAAUUCUAUUUGUUUUUUAAAGAAAAUUAAUCAUUCUGAAUUUUGAGAAACAGUUACCAAAUAAAUAAUUAUAAUUGUCUUAACUGAUUUAUUUAUAAUCUCAACAUGAGAGUGGAAUACAGCAAACAUAUACACUGGCUGUGAUGAUAAAAAAAACAAAAAAAAAACAAAAAUGUUUGAAAAAAACAACUUGACAUUUUUCAUUUUUUCAGCUUUGCAUUUUUUAAGUUUAAUUUAUAGAAGAAUACUUUUCAUCUAUUUAUACCUGUGUAAAUUGCUUAAAGUAAAUUUGGCUAUAUGUAAGAAUUUCACGUUAAUGAAAAAACGUUUUAAUUGGAAUUUGUUAUAUAAAAUAGUGCAGAAAACACAAAUAUAUAUAUAAAUAAUUAAGAGCAAUGUAGAUUUACUGCAAACAGAUCUUCAAAAAUCGUCAAGUAUUUAUAUACAACUAUAAUGCAAGAAUAAUGAAACUUUUUUUGCAAAAAUUUUACUUCACAUAAUUUUGCUAGUGGUUUCAAAAGAAAAAUGUUUCUGUCUCUUAAUACCGUACAUAAUUUAAGGAAAAACUACAAAACUACUUUAAAGAUUAAGUUUAGGUGAAAUAGCCCAAUCAAGAAAUCUAACAGGUUUUUGGUUAUUUCAGGCAGAAUAUAUAUUAAAUGAAAUUUGUAUAAGUAAAAGAAGCUUUGAAUUGAGUCAUCUUUGGAAACGAUUAAUUUGGAGAAAAAAAAAUGUAUUUCAACAUCGUUUUAAUAUAAGUGGUUUUAAGAACCGUUAGAAAGCUUGUAAAUAAUGUAAAUAAACGUGUCGUUACAUUUAUCUGAAAUAAACAGUUCAGUAUAACUGGUCUAAUAAAGUAAU